CUCACAGACCAUCUUGUCACCUGUUUCUCUGCACAGACAUUAUAAACUGCAUUCAGGGGAAGCAGCUGGGAUUGAAGCAGAGACACCAUCAGGAUGCAGGAGUAUGAUGUUAUUGUGCUUGGAACUGGAAUUAAAGAAUGCGUCCUAUCUGGCUUAAUGUCUUUGAGUGGUAAAAAGGUCCUUCACAUUGACAAGAACUCUUACCAUGGAGGAGAAAGUACUUCUAUUUCUCCCCUCGAGGAGCUGUACAGGAGAUUUAAGGUUCCAGGCCCUCCUAAAUCGAUCCGUCGAGGGAAGGAGUGGAAUGUGGAUCUCGUCCCCAAGUUUUUUCUUGCCACUGGCCAGUUGGUAAAAAUAUUGGUGCACACGGAGGUGACUCGCUAUCUGGACUUCAAAGUUGUCGAAGGAAGUUAUGUAUUCAAAUCAGGCAAAGUGCACAAAGUCCCUGCCACAGAGGAAGAUGCCCAAAGCUCAGAUCUGAUGGGUAUGUUUGACAAGAGAAGGUUCAAGAAGCUGCUGCACUUUGCCCUGAACUUUGACAUAAAAAACCCUCGCAGUCACCAGGACGUGGAUCCUGAAAAAACAACCACACGAGAGAUGUUCAGCCGCUUUGACCUGGGACAGGAUGUCAUAGAGUUCACAGGUCAUGCCAUAGCCUUACACUCCAGCGAGAGCUACCUGGAUCAGCCCUGUUUGGAAACCAUCAACCGGAUCAGACUGUACUGCGAGUCUUUGUCUCGACAUAACACCAGUCCCUACCUGUACCCUCUGUAUGGACUCGGGGAGUUACCACAAGGAUUUGCCAGACUGAGUGCAGAGUAUGGAGGAACCUUCCUGUUGAACAAGCCGGUGGAUGAAAUUGUCAUGGAUAACGGCAAAGUGAAAGCUGUCAGAUCGGAUGGGAAGCUUUUUCACUGUAAGCAGUUAAUCUGUGAUCCCAGCUAUGUUCCUAACAGAGUCAGGAAAAUGGGACGCGUCAUAAGAGUUAUCUGCCUAUUAAAUCAUCCAGUUAAAAACACUCAUGAGGCCAGCUCCUGUCAGAUCAUCAUCCCUCAAACAGAGCUCAGCAGAAAGUCAGACAUUUAUAUAUGUGUAGUGUCCUACAGCCACAGUUUGGCCUCAGACGGGAUGUACAUCGCCACCGUGAGCACAACUGUAGAAACCAACAAUCCAGAGAAAGAAGUGCAGCCCGCCCUGGAGCUUCUUGAACCCAUCAUGCAGAAAUUUGUAUCCAUCACCAACCUGCUGGUUCCAAAUGAGGAUGGAAGAAAGAGUCAGAUAUUUGUGUCCCGUUCAUAUGACGCAACAAACCACUUUGACUCAGAGUGUGAGGACAUCAAAGAUAUGUACCGCCGGGUCACAGGGGAAGAGUUCUGCUUCGGUAGACCUCGGAAUCUGUCCCACAACUCCGACGACGACUGAGAGAGGCCUUCCACAUCAGGGACACGUGACUAUCAAACGCAGUUGUGAAGCAGAGGAUGUUCUGUAGCGUGUACAGUGAACCACGACUGUUAUUUAAAUGUUGGAAGUCCCGUUUUCUCCCGAUUUGUUAUAAUUUGUUCUGUUUGAGAAAGCAUUCAAAAAUCAUUAAGCUGUCUAACUUUUAAACACUGUUCCACCCUGUGUGUUUUUUUUUUAUUAAUUAUUCUACAUAUAAUUGAUCGGAAUAUUUCAUUGUUUAUACUUUAAUAGAGAUUUUGCUGAAUUCCUGGGAAUGUGUGAAAAUUACUUAAAAUAGCAAUGAAGUAGUUCUGCAUGUGUUAAUGUGAAAUAUCCAGUGAUGUGGGCAUUUUGCAACUGCUUCAGGUAAAAGUAGCUCAGCUGCAGACUGCAUGUGAAUGAUGUGGGUUUAAACGCUGCGACUGAUUUUAGUGUUGUUGUAUUGCAGCAGCUGAUUAGAGAUGAAUCGAACAUGUAGGGGAUUUGUGGAUUCUCUUCUCUGCUGGGGGCUUACGUGAGAAGGACAAAGCCAGUGAAUUAUAUCAUGCUGCACAGGCAACUUGUUUGCUGCAGAGCUGCAGCUGCAAGAGGAGGACGCACAGAGCAAAGAGGCUUAUCCAGAUAAAGGACGGUCGCCACAAACAACCUCAUCCUCCUCUCCUCGGCACAGGCUGCUGCACAUUUACACAUAUUAGAUCCUUUGUUUGUUAGUUGAUUUUAUUUUGUACAUGAUGCUGUGCAUACUGAAAAUGACAAAUACAAUCUGAUGAGACGGCUUCAGUAACGUUUAUGGAAACAUUGAAAACAAAUAACUCAAACUUUGGUAUUUAAUAAAUGUAUUUAUAACACAG